AUGGAGUUGGCGUUGAUGGAGUUGGCGUUGUCCCUUGAGAGGCUUGUAAAUGAGAAGCUCCUUUAUCUACACAGUGUAGCAGCACGUUGCAAUGACCCUAACACAACACAGUUCAUUGAGGACGAGUUCCUUGAAGAGCAGGUUGAGGCCAUAAAGAAGAUAUCGGAGUAUGUUGCUCAGCUAAAAAGGGUUGGCAAGGGACAUGGAGUUUGGCACUUUGAUCAACUGUUGUUACAUGAGGGAGAGAAUGGCGUUGCAUGAGCAGUUGGUAGUACAAGAAGUUUGGUUUUCUUUUCUUUAAGAGUUUGUCUUGAUGGCUUUUGUCUAUAGUAAUAAA